GCUCACAAAUUAACUUAAACACAAAGAGAGAAACCACACAAUAUCAGUGUAGAGAAAGAAGAGGACUAAACCGACUUCUUAAAAAUGGAGGCAACCCUCAAAGACAUCCAUGCAACUACCAACAACCUCUUUGAUUUUAGGGAUAUGUAUGAAUAUGAAAACCGCUUGAAAACCUUUACUCAGUGGCCUUUUAAGGAGAACUGCAAAUGUACUCCUGAAAAUAUGGCCAGUGCUGGUUUUAUCCAAUGUCCAAAUGAACCUGAUGUAGUGAAGUGUUUCUUUUGCUUGAUAGAGCUGGAGGGCUGGGAGCCCGAUGAUGACCCCUGGCUGGAACACACUAAACGCAGCAAGGACUCUUGUGGAUUUUUGUCCCUUUCUAAGAAUUUUGAUGACCUAACAGUGGACGAAUACUAUGAAAAAGAGAUGGAGCGAGUCAGGGUUUUCCUUUGCAAAACUGGCAGAAGUGUAAUACAUGCCUUUGAAAAAGAAGUGGCCUUAACUAGGAAGCGCCUUGUGGAUCAUUUCAUAAAUAAAUACCAAUUUACCCCAGACUGGGAAAAGUCACCCCAGACCUUCCUACCAGGCAUAGAUUCUGCUGCGAAAGAACAUGGUGUGUUCAUGGCUGAACAGAAGACAAUAUGUCAGAAUGGAGAAAGCAAGCCUGCUCUGCUAACAAGCACGGUCGAUGGAAAUAUAGGCCUGUGACAAGGGCAUGAGCUGUGGCAUUGCCCAGAAGCUCUAAAAGGCACAAUUUGGUAAUGUGGGCUGGUAGAUUAGGAGAGAGAAGGGGAGAGGAUGUGUCUCUGCUCCUGGAAUUGUUUUAUGCAUGCAUAAUGCCUAUUAUACAUGAAACCAGGAGUGGCUAAGGGGAGAAAAUAUUGGCCUUACGAAACCUAUUGAAUCAAAAUGUUGUGCAGGAGAGACACAAGGAAGGCAUCUUUUUUUUUUUUAAUAAAGAAUUUUCAAUA